GAGCUUGACUCGGUUGAUACCUCUAAUCAGACUGCUGAGGCUACCCGGCCUUCGCAGAUUGUGUGCCGGGCGAUUGAGUCCGGACACGACUAUGACCUUAUCAAAGAGCUUCUCACAAAUUACUCCCAGUCGGGGGGCGGUGAUACCAUCUCGCCCGAAGAGAAACUGGACAUAUUGCUGUCAGUCAUAGCAUGUAGCCGGACGGACCUUGUUGACCUGGUCAUUGAGAAUGGAGCAGAUCCCAACGGGAGGGUGCACAAUUCUGAGAUCCCCUUGAUCGCAUCAGCCAUAUUGAACAGAAACUCAACUUCAGUCUCGAUUGUCAAGUUGCUUUUGGCCGCGGGCGCUGAUCCAAAUUCGAUUCCCAAGUCUCUUUGGGAACACGGAGUCUUCACAUACCAGAGCCCUGAACCAGACGAUGAUGACGAGCUCAUGGAUUCUGGAUUGAAAGCGUUGAAAGAUACCCUUGAAGAAAGUGUCAACGUUUCAAUCAGGCACUGUCUUUUCCAGGCCACCAGGACUUUACCGCCUCUCCCGGCAAGCGUUGAGAUGUACCUACUGCCGUUCAUCAAGAGAAUAACGCGUGCAGAACACUUGUUGAUUGGGCAGAGAACCGCGAUUAAAUGGGUGAGGAUGUUUAUAAUCAUGAAGUUCAUGACACGAACAAACUCUCCCUUGGUUAUGGCGUUUGUUGGGCCAGCCGGCCAUGGCAAGUCCAGCCUUGCCAAAGAACUGGGUACAUUCAUACCAAUCUCCAGCCUGCAGAGGGUAGAUCCAGAUCCAGGCGAAGGUGAAGAUGAAGAACUGUCGAAUGACACAAGCCCUACCAACGCACCUGGUGAGCUGGAAGUUAUCUUUGUUGACAAAGGCGAUAAAGCCGAGUAUCAGCGGCUACUCUCCUUUUUAGAAGGAGAAGAUGCAUUUGACCCAUGGCUAAUCAUGUCUAUAGGGUACUACCUAAGUGAAGGAGAGAAGGUUAUAAUUGACCGAUCAAAUACCUUGUGUAUCAUUGCUGCUUCUAGUGGAGAGGACAAGGUAAUGGAAUAUUAUGACCUCAACUCGAGAGAGCUCGAAGUAGAGCUUGCAGACACGGCAAACUGGGAGUCUCGCCUACACCGCGAACUAGAGCUUUUCGUUGCGAAUGACCUAGAAAAGGAGAUAGGAACUUCUCUUGCAGGGCAUGUAUCAUGCUACAUCCCGUUCACCCCGUUCUCCAAGACGGAAGCAGCCGUUCUCGCACACUCAUAUCUCCUAAAGGCCACUGAUAGCCUGGCUGAGUUCCAUGACUCCCUACACCAUGCCAAACUGGGUGAAUCAGACAAUGUCACAUUCAUCCUGGAUGCCCAAGUUGAAGCUUGUGACAACCUGGCUACGACGGUCUACGUUAUCAAACUUGGUGCUCGCUCCAUUGAGCAAGGGGUAUUCAAAGCCGUUCAAUCCCAGAUGGUACAGCAUUACCUGAAAUCCGAUUUGCUGAAGGAGAACCGUGGCCAGGGUGAAAAUGCGGGCAAUGCCGGCGAUAGGUGUGUCACUAUUACUGUAGGAGAAGAUUUUGCUAUUAGGCUGGAGUGA